AUGCAUCAACAUCCCCGGUCCCCAGCGCCUACGGCGCCCGGCUUUCCUUCCAGGUCGAAGCAGACCUACCCGAGUGCCCACAGGGAACAGGUCUCCGAGCCGAGUCCAGACACGAGGACCAGUAGUACUGCCAGAGGUUUGGGGAUCGACACGGGAGCAGAGCCGCAGGACCAGAGUCAGAAGACUACAGCCCCUGGCAAAGAUGCUAUUGUCAAGCUGAACCAGAUCGUAUCGAAUUAUCAUACCAAAGCGGCCUUGAUCAUCCUUCAUUCCCGAGUCGAGCUUCCUCCUGCAUUCGCUAAAGGUUCGACCACUCCCAAAGUUAAUCGCUGGUUCAACGUCGAGUUGGAUGAUACAGAUGUUCUACGGGAACCCCUGAAGGUCUGGAGAUCCUGUGAUACCAUAGAGAAUCGGCCGCCGCCUUUGAUAGUCGAAACGUAUCUGGACGCCAAGGGGCUCACAAAUAAUCAAACCCUCGUCAUCCUGGAUGAGAAUGGCAAGCGGUGGGAUGUUCUCGAAUCGUUGGCAGCUUCCCAGACUGCUCGACAUCCCAACCAGGACGAAGUCAUCCUGGAGCGCUGGAAGGUCGAACUGGGAGACUCCUCGAAACCGCUGCCAAGUGACUUGGGCGCCAUCUUACCGACCGUCUACAAGAAGAGCAUCGUUCUAUUCCGCUCACUGUUCACCUACUCCAAGUUCCUACCGGCCUGGAAGUUCACCAAACGCAACGGAAAGGUGCGAGCGAAUCCCGCCCUUCGCAUCCGAUACCGAAUCUUGAAUGGGAGCGCCCCCCCGGCGCCCUCCCACCUCGAUACCUUGACAGUGCCCCUGCACGAGACAAGCGGCAAGGUGGUCGAGACCUAUAGCUUCGGCGUCACCGACUCGCCUGCCGGUCCGUUCUCUGUUGAGGUCACCUACCGUACCAGUUGUGACUUCCGUGUUGAUGAUUCGGAAGCCCUGCUGAGUUCGCGCUUCAUGGGCGCCGAUGACGAGAUCUUCCGCCCCUCCCUCCCUGCCGCUCACACAGACAUCAGACCGCCACCACCUAACACAGAAUCUGGAUCACUCCCGAUCGAGAAGAAAACCGUCGAGAAUCCAGAUCGCGCUCAGGCCUAUGGGAGCUUAUCAACCUUUCACCAGGUCGGCCCGACUACAGGAGCGAGCCCCAUCUCUGCCCUACGAGCAGCUCGGGACUCGAGAGCCUCCUCCCCCUCUCCGUCUGGUUCGCCGUCUCGACGACUGCUGCCGGCCGCCAAAGUUGGACCCGCUGGCCGGGCCGCUGUGUUGGCGGGAGAGGGUAACCUCGCCAUUGGUCGUCGUCCCUCAAUCUCUUUCCAACCCUUCAAGGCUCCUCCGCUCUCUGCAUCCCCGUCACUGGUAGAUCCCCCACCGCUAGGUGUGUCGCCACGUACCGGAUCGGUCCGUACACCCAUCAGUACCUCAUCAGACUCGCGAACCGUCAACAUGGCCGCCUCCGCCCGUAGGCCGCUCUCCAUGGUUGACGCCAUCCCAUCCUCCAAUUCGGCAUCCCCCAAGCCGGCCCCUAUCUCGCGGUACAGCAGCUCGUUCAGCCAUCGCCGGGGGCGUCCAUCCUCGGGAAAUGUGAACCGGAUCGAGGACGACAAUUCCAGCGGCAAGGCCAGUGCUUCCUCUAGCGCCCACCCAGGAUCGGGUCUGCUGGCCGCCGACCCGACGGGAACCAGCGCCGAGUCCAUCCAUGCGGACGAUGAAAAUAUCUCCGACUUUCUCAAGAUGUUGGAUCUGCGCAAGGACCUAUUGAAUCCCACCACAUCCACGGCCCUCGAUGCCACGGCCCGCCGAACGACCGCGGCGCUAACGCGGUUCCAGCGCAUGCGGGACUCCAAUGCCGCCCUCUCAGACUCCAUGUCAUCGUCUAUGCACCUCCGUUCUUCUACCACCUCCAGCAAACAGCUCUCCGGCGUUCCUCCCAUGGUCGCCGGUACCUCAGUCUCCACGGCCUCUUCCCCCGGCAAGCCCAUCUCCCCUCAUACCCCUCACACCCCUGCGAUCCCUUCUCGAUUGAGUUCCAACAGCAUCGUCGAGUACGAUCGCGACCCCCGUGGUAAUCGACUGGUCCACGAUGAGCAGGAUUCGUCGCUGGAAGGGAACCCCAGUGACGAGACCACGGGCGAACGCAACUCCUCCGCCGCCAAUGCCAUUGAUAUCCCUACCUCGCCCCGUCCAUUUGCACCCCCUUACCGUCGGUCCAGCUCCGUCGCGCAACGACGCUGCACAGCGACCGCCGAUGAGGACGAUAUCUUCCCGUUCGGUAUGCGCAGCGUCAGUCUCGGCGCGGGAGAACGUUCCCACCUGAGCCUGAGCGCCUUGCUCCGCCAGCAGGAAUACGAUAACGCCACUGCCCCGACGGAGGAGCCUCCGCCGCGAGAGUCGCAUUCACCCUUGACCGUCGCCCGGCCAUCGUACCGGGAGGAGUCCAGAUCCUCGCAGCGCGGGGGCAAUGGCGGCAGCACCCUUCCCGGCCCGACGGCAGCCUCAUCCUCGUCCAAUCCUUCUGGUUACCAGCCGCGAUUCGCCUCCUUUCGUGGUCGGGGAUCCUCUGGCGGACCGCACUCUCUCAGCUCUGCCUCGAGUAGUCUGGCGCGUGGACACGCCCUCCCGCCUCAUCUAGCGGACCGGGAGUCCCACGACCGGGACGGCAGCGGAAGCAACAGCGGCAACAAUUCUUCCACCAUGGAAGCUCGCCGCGGCUCUGGCCAGCGGGCCGGGUCUGGGCGAAUCUACGCCGCCUCAACGAAUGCCUUUGACGAGGAGGAGCCCCUGCUCUUCGCCAUGAGCGAUUUUGGGGUCUCCCGGCGGAGCUUGGAAGAGAACCGUCACAGCAGCGCCGAGACAACCACCACCACCACCACCACAGGCUCAAACAACCAGGCCACUUCCCGCCGGGGGAGUGGCCGGCGCAGCACGGGUCUACCUAACUUCCACGCAUGGCCUUGA